AUGGCCAACAAAGCUCUUUUACAUCUCCUCAUGAUCUUCUUCUUGAUGCAAUCUCACUUCUUCUUCUUCCCUUCCAAUGCUUCGAGACUUGGGAGUUUGAUGGAGAGGCCCGACUAUGUUUAUCUUUCUCAACAAGAUACACUACUGGAUGUGAAGACGGACGCAAAGGAAAGGAUGGCGAUGGAGUUAAACGAUUAUCCUGGUUCGGGUGCCAACAAUCGCCACUUGCCACGUCAAAGAGGCUGCGUCGUCGAUUGCUGA